AUGACGACGCUCCCUCCUAAAUCUUCCUCCAUUUUGGGGGUGGAUUUGAAACCGGCGCAGAAAAAUGCUCAGCACCACACAGAGGAGCUAUCCAACCAACUGCUCAUAGUGAGGAGAGGACAAAGCUUUAUAUUGGAUGUUAAUUUCAACCAUCCGUACAAUGGUGAUAUGCACAGCCUCCUCUUCACCGUGACCAUGGGACAGCAGGCAAAUGAGGAAAGUGGAACCAAGUGCGUGUUCGGGAUACCGGACACGGUGACGCGGCCAGUCGGAGCUACAUCCAUCUGGAGGGCCAUCGUGGACCACAAGAACUCCUAUCCGGAAAUGGGAAGUCUGACUCUAAUCAUGACCCCUCCAGCAAACGCUCCUGUCGGCAAAUACUCUCUACAUCUCAGCCAUGCAGGAGAGGAGGAUGAUCUGGGCAGCUUGGUCCUACUCUUCAACCCGUGGUGCAUUGGUAAGCAGUGA